CCUCUUUUCAGUAAAAUAGAAGAGCAAGAUUGAGUAUGCCUCUACACGUGUCGAUGUCGUGAGGAUGGAAGGGACUGCGUCUCCCGGAUAAGAAAAUGAGAAAAGUUGAAGAUGCAGAUGCUUCCAUGUCCAGUAGAUCAGACUUUGUUGCACUGGACUGUGAAAUGGUUGGAGUGGGAGUUGGAAGGCAGAGUGCUUUAGCAAGAUGCAGUGUUGUUGAUUACCACGGAAAUGUCAAACUUGACUGCUAUGUAAAACCAGAUAAAAAAAUCACAGACUACAGAACAAGAUAUAGUGGAAUUUUGCCCUUUCAUAUGAAAAAUGCAAUAACAUUCAAAGAGGCUCGCACAAAGGUAAAAAGAUUGUUAAAGAAGAAGCAUCUAGUUGGUCAUUCCAUAGGAAAUGAUUUGAAGAUUUUGCAACUGCGACAUGAUCCAUUAAAAAUUAGGGACACAUCACAAUUUCCACCACUUCGUCUGAUGGCUGGAUUACCUAUUUGUAAAACACCAUCUUUGAAAAACUUGUCUAAAGCACUUUUUAAUAAGGAUAUUCAAAGUAAUGUACAUUGCUCCAUAGAAGAUUCAAGAACUGCAAUGAAUUUAUAUAAAUUGGUUGAGGACAAAUGGGAACUUCAAGGUGCUUCAGGUUCUGACAGAUGUUAUUUAGAUGAUGUUUUUUGGCCAGACUUUAUAAAUAUGAACUAGUUAAAUUUUCAAUUGGAAAUUGCAGUUUUCUAGCA